CUCUAAGUAGGGGUGACCGUAGAAAGGUCCGGUUAUAAAAGAGAUCGCGCGAAGUUGGAAAACCAGUUCGGUGAUGGUUCAUCGACAACAACGCAUCGUUUAGGUAGUAUAAGCAUUUAGAUAACAUCAAUUAUGUCUACGGCCGGACCGGAAAUAGUAGCCGGAUCAAUGGCAGCCGCCUCGGCCACCGGAUUCUCGGCGACCACUGUAUUCUUAUCCCUUUUCAUCCCUGCUGUCGUUUUAUAUCUCAUUUAUUUCCGCCUCUCUAGGCAACAUAUGCUCAAACUUGCCGAAAGUCUACCAGGUCCACCAGCUUUGCCUAUCAUAGGAAAUGCCUUGGAUUUACUUGGAAGUUCCGACACCAUCUUCCAGAAUUUGUUGGCAAAAGCUGCUGACUACAAAGAUGUGGUUAGGUUGUGGAUUGGUCCCAAAUUAGUUGUUUUCCUGUUUGACCCACGCGACAUUGAAAUAAUCUUAUCCAGCAACGUGUACAUCGACAAAUCUGCCGAAUACAGGUUCUUCUAUCCAUGGCUUGGAGACGGUCUUCUCAUCUCAACUGGUCAGAAAUGGCGUAGCCAUCGUAAACUGAUCGCCCCAACCUUCCACUUAAACGUGCUGAAGAGUUUCAUCAACCUGUUCAACGCAAAUGCUCGCGAUGUUGUCGAAAGAAUGCGCAAAGAAGGUAGCAAAGAAUUUGACUGCCACGAUUAUAUGUCCGAACUCACCGUUGAAAUUCUUAUGGAAACUGCCAUGGGUGUCUCCAAGACUACUCAAGAUCGCAGUGGAUUCGAAUACGCCAUGGCAGUGAUGAAGAUGUGCGACAUCUUGCAUCUCCGUCACACCAAAGUAUGGCUCAGACCUGAUUGGCUGUUCAAUCUAACAAAAUACGGAAAGGACCAGAUCAAGUUGUUGGAAAUUAUCCACGGAUUAACCAAGAAAGUCAUCUCGCGUAAGAAGGAAGAUUACAAGAGCGGAAAGCGUAACAUCAUCGACACUAGCGCUCAGAAGAACGAAAAGGGCGACAACGCCACCGUCGUAGAGGGUGUUUCGUUUGGUCAAUCGACCGGUCUUAAGGAUGAUUUAGAUGUUGAUGAUGACGUUGGUGAGAAGAAGAGACAAGCUUUUCUCGAUCUCUUGAUCGAAGCUGGUCAAGAAGGCGUCAUCCUUACCGAUAAAGAAGUUAGAGAACAAGUCAAUACCAUUAUGUUUGAGGGACACGAUACAACUGCAGCCGGAGCCAGCUUCUUCCUUGCAUUGAUGGGUUGUCACCCUGACGUACAAGAGAAAGUUAUUCAAGAACUCGAUGAGAUCUUUGGUGACAGUGACAGACCAGCCACCUUCCAAGAUACUUUAGAGAUGAAAUAUCUCGAACGUUGCCUCUUGGAAACGCUUCGAUUAUACCCACCAGUACCAAUUAUCGCUCGGGAGAUCAAAACAGAUCUGAAAUGCAUGAGUGGAAACUACACAAUCCCAGCUGGCUGCACAGUUGUCAUUGCUACCUACAAGCUACACCGACAUCCAAGCAUCUAUCCUAAUCCUGAUGUCUUCAAUCCUGAUAACUUCCUACCAGAAAAUACCGCAAAACGUCAUUAUUACGCUUUCGUGCCAUUCUCGGCUGGUCCACGAUCCUGUGUAGGAAGGAAAUACGCAAUGCUCAAACUGAAGAUCAUCCUGUCGACGAUCCUCAGAAAUUUCCGCAUAAGAUCUAACUCGAAGGAGUCCGAUUUCAGACUACAAGCUGAUAUUAUCUUAAAGAGAGCAGACGGUUUCAAUAUCAAGCUCGAACCUAGAAAAGUAGUAGCGGCCACGGCAUAAAAAUGCAAGGACGAUUUAACAUAAGAAUUUUUAUUUCAAAGGAAAAUUACAAAUCGUGGUAGGUUAUAGGCUCCCCGCACAAUCACACAGCGGGUGACAAAAUACUUAAUCACACACGCGAAUCGUUAAACGUCAUACUUUUCGAGCAUGCGCGGGAAACUAUUCCCUCAGAUUAUAUGCUUGUGUAUAAAUGUAUGUAUAUUUCUGUUCAUCGUGUAAUGUAUGAAUAUAUUUACUAUUUACGUUGAUAUUUAUCUUAUGCAAUAAAUUAUGCAUCCAUAGCGUUGCAAAAUCCGA